GGUGCUAGGAGAGUCCUGGGAGGAAAGAAGAUUCUUGGGGUCGCUAUCCCAUCCUUCCAUAGGGGAGAGAGGGACAUACAGACAAGAGACAUGCAUCCAGGCAUCUGAGGGAAGAGGAUUGCCAGGCAGAGAAGGGGGAGAGAGUGGGGUAAAUGGACAAGUAGUGGGCACCAUCAGAUCGGUAUUCAAAUAUUCAAAUAUUCAAUCAAUACAGUUGAUCAAAAACUCCUAGGGGGAAAAAAAAAACGAAGGACCCAGGGAGACAAAGGAAAUAUCUGAGAGCAGGCUGUAAUCACAGGGUAAAAGAGGCAAUGAGUUCCUGGGCCGCACGACCCCGAAGCCGUCGAGGGAGACAUCCUCUGUCCGGGGAGCUGGACCCAGUGGUUGAGAGUUCAGAGGAGGUGGAGGCCACCAAUGGGAAGUUUGAGGCCAAACUUGGGCUACUUCAGGAACACCUUGGUCCUGACCUGCAGAACCCAGGGAGCUGGCCUGAGGAUGAUUGUGAUGUGGGAUCCCAUGGGGCCCUAGCCUUGGAGUCAAAGCUGGAAGGCCAGCCUGAAGUGGAAGGCCACCAGACCCUGCAGGCAGCUCUCCUGGAUACUAGCCCUGCUGCAACCUCAGUACCCAGUGUGUUUGAGACCCUGCUGAGCAGGCUGAGCUCCCUUGAGGCCACUGUGGCUGCCUGUCGUUGCUGCUUCCUAAGCUUCCCGAGGCCAAUGGAAGGAGAAGACAGAGACCAGAUGGCACUGGGACCCUUUGCUGAUCAGGAAAAAGCCGGGCCUGGGCAGCAUGAGGCAGCUCGCCUCAUAGAGAAGAAUGCCUGGCUACGGUUGGCCCUGGGCAGCCGAGAGGAUGAGUUGGUUUGCACUCAGGCUUCCCUGCAGGAUGCCCAGGCAGAGAAGGAGAUUCUGCAGAGACAGGUGCGGGAGCUGGAGGAUUCCCUUAGGCAGCUGGAAGCCUCCCCAGCUGUCCCCCUCUUCAGAGCAGAGCAUACCAACAGCAACUACAGCAAUUCUGGCGCAGGAGGGGAGUCCUGGAUGCCUCAUGACUCCCCCUUGGCUCAGCCUCUUCUCCAACACCUCUGGAGUGACUCUAGCACCCAGAUCUUUGGGUGCUUUUCCACACAGCAUUCAGCCCGCAAGAUGCACCUCAUGGAAGAAGAGAUGGAGCAGCUCCAGGGGAGCAUUGAGAAGUUGAAGUGCUUCAACCGCCUCCUGCUGGCUGUACUCCAGGGCUACAAGGGCCGCUGUGAGAACCUCAGCAUGCAGCUGGGCCAGCGGGAGGCUGAGGCCACAGCCCUGCACCUGGCCCUGCAAUAUAGUGAGGAUUGUGAGGAGGCAUAUGGGGUGCUGCUUGCCCUGAGGAUGGCUGGGGCUGGAGCUGGAGCCCCCAAGAGUGACCUGCAGGCUGCUGAGAAGGAGGCAGCGAGGCUGCUGGUGGAGAAGGAAGCAGCUAUGGAUGGAGAAACACCCCAGUUCAGCCCAGAGGGCAGCAGUGUGGACAAGCCUACACCACAGGAACUGGCUGCUCAGCUCCAUGGCUAUGUCCAGCAUCUUCGGGACCGCUGGGCUCUGGUGAAGAUCCCCCCACCGCUUGGCCCUGCCUCUGCACCCAGGCCCACUAUGCCCCAUGCAGAUGCAACAGUACAGACCAUUCUGGAGAUACAGCCUGGCCCAGCCCUGCCCCGGCUGGAGAAGUCUCAGAUCCAGCAGAAUCUGGUGCAUGUUCGGGACAGUCUAGCGGACCUGGUACUGCAGCUGCAGCUGUCAAGGCGGGAGAAGCGCGGGUUGGAGCUGCGGGAGGCGGCGCUGCGGGCUCAGGGCCCCGCCCACCUGCUGCUCCUGCAGCAGCUUCGCUGGGAGCGCGCUCACCUGGCGGGCGGUGGUAGCACCGGUGGCAGCAGCGAGGACCCGAGCAGCGAAGAGGAGGACGAGGAGGGCCAGCAGCAGCACUACCAGGGUCCUCUUGUCCUCCCUGGUGGCCAGAUGGGCAGAACGUGGGACUCUGAGACCUUAUCCCAGGAGCUGUCGGCAUCCCUGGCCCGAGCCGUGGACCUGCGUGCACAGCUGCAGUCCCUGCGAAGGCAGCUGGAACAGGAGGCUCAAAAGGGGCGAACCAGACGUGCUCAGAGUGCAGAGCUGAACAAAGAGCUGUGCAAGGCUCAUAGCUCCCUGGUCCUGGCCUUCAGAGGAGCCCACCGGAAGCAGGAGGAGCAAUGCCGGAAGUUGGAGAAGCAGGUGGCUCAGAUGCAGGCCCAGCAGGCAGAGGAGCUCUCAGUGUUGUCAGCCACAGCCAGAGCCCUGGGGAUCCCCAGGGUUCCCCAACCUGGCCAGACCUUCCUGUAGGAUCCAGACCAAGCUUAUAUGUAACACAUAGGAGUGGCAGACAUGUCAUAAAGUAUCCUUCCUGGGCUGGAGAGAUGGCUCUGAGGUUAAGAGCCUGUGUUACUCUUGCAGAGGACCUGGGUUCAGUUCCCAAGCUGUAACACCAGCUAGCAGGAUCUGUCACCCCCUUCUGGCCUCUACAGACUCUGCAGUAAUGCACACACACAUACACACACACCACACACACUCAUAAUUAAACAAAAGUGUCCUGUCAUGACAUCAUACCACCUGUCCUUUGUCCCUUGUGUCCGGACCACCUUCUGAGGAGGUGCUGUGUUUGGCCAGAGUAUCUUCCUAAAAGGGGAUGGAAU